CCAGCCAGGCCUGCCUGUCCCACUCGGGACAUGAGCAGCUGAAGUUGGCCCCCUCAGUUCUCACCCCUGCCAAGGCCCCUCUGGGCUUCCAGCUGCUCCCUGCACCUCUCCUGGCCCCCUCAGUUCUCCCAGGUUGUUCCUCAAAGUCAUUCAAGCUGUACUCACCGAAGGAGCCCCCGAACGGCAACGCCUUCCCCCCCUUCCAUCCCGGCACCAUGCUAGAUCGGGAUGUGGGCCCAACUCCUAUGUACCCACCUACAUACUUGGAGCCUGGGAUUGGGAGGCACACACCAUAUGGCAACCAAACUGACUACAGAAUAUUUGAGCUUAACAAACGGCUUCAAAACUGGACAGAGGAGUGUGACAAUCUCUGGUGGGAUGCUUUCACAACUGAGUUCUUUGAGGAUGAUGCCAUGUUAACCAUCACUUUCUGCCUGGAGGAUGGACCAAAGAGAUAUACCAUUGGCCGGACCUUGAUCCCACGCUACUUCCGCAGCAUCUUUGAAGGGGGUGCUACGGAGCUGUACUAUGUGCUUAAGCAUCCCAAGGAGGCAUUCCACAGCAACUUUGUGUCCCUCGACUGUGACCAAGGCAGCAUGGUGACCCAGCACGGCAAACCCAUGUUCACCCAGGUGUGUGUGGAGGGCCGGUUGUACCUAGAAUUCAUGUUUGACGACAUGAUGCGGAUAAAGACGUGGCACUUCAGCAUCCGGCAGCACCGAGAGCUCAUCCCCCGCAGCAUCCUUGCCAUGCAUGCCCAGGACCCCCAGAUGUUGGAUCAGCUCUCCAAAAAUAUCACCCGGUGUGGGCUGUCCAAUUCCACUCUCAACUACCUCCGACUCUGUGUGAUACUCGAGCCCAUGCAGGAGCUCAUGUCCCGCCACAAGACCUACAGCCUCAGCCCCCGUGACUGCCUCAAGACCUGCCUUUUCCAGAAGUGGCAGCGCAUGGUAGCACCCCCCGCGGAGCCCGCACGGCAGCAGCCCAGCAAGCGGCGGAAACGAAAGAUGUCAGGGGGCAGCACCAUGAGCUCGGGGGGUGGCAACACCAACAACAGCAACAGCAAGAAGAAAAGCCCAGCCAGCACCUUCGCCCUCUCCAGCCAGGUACCUGAUGUGAUGGUGGUGGGGGAGCCCACCCUGAUGGGCGGGGAGUUCGGGGACGAGGACGAGAGGCUCAUCACCCGGCUGGAGAACACCCAGUUUGACGCGGCCAACGGCAUUGACGACGAGGACAGCUUUAACAACUCCCCCGCCCUGGGCGCCAACAGCCCCUGGAACAGCAAGCCUCCAUCCAGCCAGGAAAGCAAAUCGGAGAACCCCACGUCACAGGCCUCCCAGUAAAGGCCUUGCCAUGGCCACCCAGCGCUCUGCCUGCCUGCCCCACCCCUCGCAGUCCCAGGGAGCAGAAGACAGAAUGAAGAGACUGAGCAUCUAAAAUGGGCAGCCUCCAUCCACCCACUUCAGGGAGGAACUGGACUCGCUGGGGGCAGGUGCCAAGAUUUGCCCCCCAGUGGCCCUGGGCUGGGCCUGGCCUCUGCAGAGCCUUUUGGGGGAAGGGGGUACUCAUGUGGAUGCCUACGUGGACCCUGGGCCUCUGAGAAAUGUCCUGACCACCCCCCAGGGCAUUUGCCUCCAUCUUUACCCCAGGUUCUGGGUUCCCCAUCCUCCUGAUCCCACCCCCUUCAAGCCUGGGGUUGUUUAUCCCACAACCCUUAGGGACUUAAAGUUAUGGGGCUUGGUUGAGUGCCCCUUUCCUAAACCUUCCUCUAGGUGGCUGGUAGUAGAGGGGUAAAGCUCUGGCUCUUCCCUGCAGCCACCUGUCCCAGCUCCCAAGUUUUUAAAAAAAUAAUAUUAUUAAAAAUGUAAGUUUAAAAAAAAAUCACUCAUGUACCCCCUCUUCCCCUUAUUAAAAAGUCCAUCUACCUCCCUACUCCUGGCAAAUGUGGGGCUUAGGGCCCAGGUGGAGGUGAGUGUGGGGGUAGGGGGGUAUGCAUUACCAUUUAAUACAGUUUGAGAGCUUCAGACCAAGGAGAUACUUUGCCAUCUCUCUUCCCUUUUCCUCUGGGGUGACUGGAGUUGGGGAAGGCAUGCCUUGGGGUAGGGGGCCAUUGAUGGCC